AUGAAUUUUGUGGUCUCAAUAGAAGCCAAGAAUCAGACCCAGUGGAUGGAGUUUGUCUUUCUAGGGUUCUCUGGCAUUCUAGAUGGUCAGGCAUACCUCUUCUUGGUAUAUUUAGCCAUUUACUUGGUGACCAUAACAGGGAACAUUGUGAUUUUCACCCUGAUCCAGCUAGAUGCCCACCUUCACAACCUCAUGUACUUUUCCCCAGAGAUUGGAAAACUCUGCUUUUUCCUCAGCCAUUUGUCCUGCUUGGAUGUCUGUCUCUCUUCAGUCACCAUCCCCAAGAUCCUGGUGAAUCUCCUGUACCAGCAACACACCAUCUCCUACAACCAAUGCCUGGCACAGAUCUUCUUCCUGCUGUCCUUCAUGGGGACGGAGGCUGCAUUGUUGGCUGUCAUGGCCUAUGAUCACUACGCCGCCAUCUGCAAACCUUUGCACUACUCCCACCUCAUGAACACCAAGGUGUGUGUCCUGCUAGCCUCUGCCACUUGGGUCUGGGGCUUCCACGAUUCUGCUCUUCACACCUCUCUGAGCUCCAGCCUGUGUUUCUGCGGAGUCAACCAGAUUCGGCACAUUUUCUGCGAUGUCCCCCCGCUGAUGAGGAUUGCCUGCAGAGAUACACACAUCAGUAACUUGGCGACUUGGGUGGCCAGUGUUUCUAUGGGCCUGGGGCCCUUCCUAGCCAUAAUCCUCUCCUACUUCUACAUCCUGUCCUCCAUCUUGAGGAUUCAGUCAAACACUGGCAGGCACAAGGCUCUUUCCACUUGCACUUCUUACAUGAUUGUGAUCACCAUUUACUUCGGGAAUGGUUUGGUUAACUACAACCAGCCAAGACUGGGCUACUCACUGGAGAUAGUCACGCUGGUCUCCAUGUAUUGCAUAGUCCCCCCUAUGCUAAACCCCCUGAUCUACAGCCUCCGCAACACAGAGGUGAAGGGAGCCCUGAAGAGGUUUCUGGAGAGCCAGAGAAAGUUGUAUACGUCCUCAAGCAGAAGCCGGCCCCCUGACCAGGUCAGCUGGAAGAAGCAGCAUCCAAAAUUGACCAUCUCCACAUCCUUCCAAGAGCAACAGCAAGAACCCGAGUUCAUUCAGCAGGAAGAUGCCAGGUGA